GUGUGCACCAGCGCGACUGCGCACAGCCAUUCUUGGCUAGAGUGUGUGUGCGUGUGUGUGUGUAUGUGUGUGUGUGAGCGUGUGUCUGGGUCUGGGAGGCUGGAACAUGGAAGAUGAUGAGGUUGCAGAGAGCUGGGAGGAAGCAGCGGACAGUGGGGAAAUCGAGAGAAGACUGGAAGCAAAACUGCGGAUCAGUCAGAAAGAGAAGAGAGGCAAUGCUGGCUCUGGACGCUCCCCCAUGAAGACUGCCAUCGUGAUCCAGGACGACUCCCUCCCUGCAGCGCCCCCUCCCCAGAUUCGCAUACUGAAGCGGCCCUCCAGCAACGGGUCCCUGGGGUCGCCCGCUGCCUCCACACGGGCCGUCCCGCAGGUGAAGUCCCUGGCCCAGCGGGAGGCGGAGUACGCCGAGGCCAGGAGGCGGAUCCUGGGCAGUGCCAGCCCAGAUGACUCCCCUCAGGACCGACCCAACACCGACAGAUCAGUGCGCGUGAGCGCCCCCCAGCCUUCGGAGGACUUAAGGUCGAACAGUCAGGCGAUCCGCCAGCCAGUUGGACCAGAUGGCACACAAGGCUUUCGCCAGCGCAGAUAGGAGGGAGGGAGGAAUACACCAUAUCAAUCUGCCCUGGGGACGGGGUGAGGGAGGAGGAGAGGAGGGAUCGGGGGUCGGGGGUUGCUAUCAGGGGGGUGCUGAAAUAAUUUUUAAAGAAAUCUAAAACAAAAAAGAAAAGGCUUGCAUUGGUAAAAUUAGAAGGAAGGAUCAAGUAUGAGAAAUCAAGUGAAUAUUCCUCUCUCUCUGCCCCGCCCCAGCGCAUAUCUGGCCCUGCUGUUGUGUAGGAGAGUCAGGGAACAGAGGGAUGGGGGCCCCAGGGCCAAAACCUUUCUCCCGGGUCGACACUGUGACGAGGACAUUGCCUCCGCAGGACUGUGUUCACUGUGAUAUCCCCCCAGAUUGGCCCAAAAGUACCCCCGACCCCACCCCACCCCUCCCUUCCCCCUCCCGACUGCUGAUCAGGACCCCGGUCGAGGCCACCUCUUUGAGAUAAGGAAGGCAAAAGACAAGGCUGUGUAAAAUGGAGCAGGAAAAAUGGCGGUCAGCUGCCACCAGUGUCUCCCAGCAAUAAUACCGAAAUCAUCGCUGAAGAUCAUCCCUUCCCCUCCACUGUCCACCUCUCUGUGUACUGUUUAUAUUGCCCGUUUGAUUUGUAUUUUUAGUUCAUACCUUGAUGACUCAUUACCAUUGUUUUUUAACUGGGGGGUGGGGUGGAUGCGCUGGAAGAGAUGAAAGUAUAAAAGUACUACUCUUGUUUGCUGUUACAUUUGCUUUUUUUAAAUUUAGCUAUCCUUUUACCUGUCGUUUCUAUUUAAAAACAAAAUAUUGAAAAAAAAAGACAACAAAUGAUUUAAAAAAUGGACUCCAGUAAGGGAGAGAAGUCCGUUUUAAAUCAUCUUUUUUGAGGUAGUGAUUACGGAAGUAGCGUUUUCAUUAGAACAACAAUAGGAAAUCAAAGAUCUUGAAAAGGGAAAAGAGAUUUUUAAGAAGGCCAAAAAAAGUGUUGUAAAUAUGUCUGCAGCGUGCAGCUGGUAAUAACAGAUGGAAAUGCAUCAGAGGAAUAUGUGAACAGCGCACAAGUCUCCACAAAUGAGCGUGGAGUGAAAGGAAGUAUUAAGAGAUGUAUAGCAGCGGUAGUAUUUGUGUCAGAAAUUUUCUUCUUUGUUGAGUUUUUUUCCCUCACUAGAGUGCAUAACCCAUCUGUUCCAGUGUCUUCAACACAAGUAUGAACUUGGGAGGUGGCUUACGCUGGUUUAAGGAGAGUAAGGACUUAGCCAGCAAGUGUGAAAGGGAAUGAGCUGGGUCGGUGGAAAGAAAAAUGAAUGUUGAGCUUUAUACUGUAAUACCGCAACAGUAAUGCGUGAGAUAAGGGUGAAGCCAAAGUGCUGAAAAUGCAGAAAGCUGAUUUGUCCAGCGUUUCAGGCCCAGAAAAUUUCACCGUUAUAUCCCUCAUUUGGCGAUUGGGGGGCAGGGGGGGGGGAGAGAGAAAAAAAAGGGGUGGCUUAUGUUGGCUGCUUGAGAUUGUGCAUGCAUGCGCUCAUGCUGAAAUUAGUGCAUUACGGACUUAAAAGGCCUUAACUCUAAUAACAAGACCAGGUUAAAACCUAGUAUGUGACUGGACCUAAUACACAUGAUUUGGCCGACCAAUGGCGUAACUUCAUAACUCGGCUGACCAAAGGUGUAACUUCGUCACUCAGUCACAGACAUUUGCGUUUGACCGCUGUUGCGGUCCAGCCAAAAAAAAGGUAUACACUGAUUUUGUUUGGAGUUCAUCCAAAAAUUGGUGAAGCACCUCAGAUUCAUACACAGGUGUGCUGUGAUUAGGAAUGGCACGCUAAAUCUCGAGGUAGCCUCUCCGACCCUAGCCCUUCCCCCCCCCACUCUCUGUCGCCCAUCUACUCCACUCAUUUAGCCCUACAGGACAUCGAUGGGUCCUCAGGCAACGUGACAGAGCCCCUUUAACACAAGACACCAUCACAGACAGCCUGAGAACAGGAAGGGGAAGAAGCCCUGAUUUUUAUUCUGUAUGAUAACAAAUGGCCUUGUAAAUACUUUAAAAACGUGCCCUUUAAUAAAAGAUUGAGGAGAAAAAAAAAUGAAAAAGAAAAAUGACAAACAAUGUGUAUGUAUAUUUUUGGUUGGUUUAGAAUAUUUUAUUUUUUCUACUGUAUAAAAUGGCAUAUGUGUAUGUAUGUAUGUAUAUGUUGAUUGUAUUUGUCCAUCACCUACUUACCAGCUAAUGUAAAACAUGAGAUUGAACUGGGCUUUAAUUGUUAUGUGGGAUGUCGGGGGGGGGGGGGGGGGGGGGGGGGGGGGGGUUAUAUUGAGGGACCCCAAUGCAGGCAGAUGGGAAUAAUUACAUGUAUUUAAAAGUGCCAUACAAAUGUCAUGAAGUCCCCUUUCUAACCUUUUGUGCAUUUUUUUUUUCCUCUUGGAGUUGACAUUGGUCACCAAAAACAUAGCGAGUAUCUGAAACCUGCAAAGACGGCUGUGCAAACACCAUUUAAAUAUCUGUGUUUGAACAAGUGGCUUUGCCUUCCUGUGCCCCUCGCGUUUCCUUGUCAGGUUGAUCUGUAAGUGCAUUUGUCUUUGUCUGAUAUGUGUCCAUCCAUGUCUUUGUUUUUUUCUGUCAGUCAGGUGUUUUCUGUGUGACUGGUUAGGAGCCGACCAUCUUGCCGUGUGCCCCUCUCUGUCUUCAAUACGUCACUCUGAUGUCACUGUUUCUCUGUGUUCUAGCUCUUAUUUGUAUGUAAAAAAAAAAAAAAAAAAACUGAACUUGGGUAGGCAUUUGUAAUAGCAAAUAAAAAAAACAUUUCAGGA